AACCAGCGUAGCAAUUGACGAGCCACUCUGCUUUUCCUUGAAUGAAAUGCUGUGAGUAUGAAGCUUGACUCCCCCCCUCCUGCCUGAGGUUCUGCGCCUGCGACGCGCGCGCCAGGACCGUUGGAGUUGGAGCGUAGGAGCAAACGGGACGGAAAGUGAUGGAAAAGUUGCGCUGAUCUCUGUCCGGCGCUACUGGAUGAGAAAGGAGAGUAGGAAGUCGCAAAGUUUGCGAUCUGAACUGGGAGUGAAAUAAUGUGAGCGGGAGCUGCGGCGCUUCUCUGCUCCGUCUGCGGAUUUAUGACUGUUUUUGCGCAGAAGGACUACAUUAUUCCAGGCUGUUCGCCUGGAUGAGCAGUGAGCGCAGCGCCGGGAUGCAUUCAAAGACAGACUAAAGCUGUGCUCAGACUCUUACUUUUAGUUCAAGCACACUUCUGCUCAACUCCACGUGUUAGAAUCCAGGGCUUCUUGGACUCGUUUUUUCCUGUUUUCCUCACAUCUGAUUCCUCCUUUCCCUCCUUCAUCCAAAAGGAAGUCAUUCUCAUGAACAAUUUCAGCAAGCAAACAGUUGGAAUGUUUCCAAACUCUGGAUUUUGAUAUACAUUUUUUUAUAUUUGUCAUGAAGGAGUGGAUGCUUGAACUGUGUUUUUAGUAAUCUGGAUUAUACUAGAACAUUUCUUACAAGAGAGACGCUGAAUGAUGUCUGCAACUUCAAUAGGAUUUUUAUUUCUGUUAGGAAUUCUCCAUGUGUGCUCAGGAUCUCGUCUGCGGCAAGAAGACACCCCACCUAGGAUUGUAGAGCACCCAUCAGACCUGAUCGUUUCCAAAGGGGAGCCUGCCACACUCAACUGUAAAGCAGAAGGACGGCCAACCCCAACGGUGGAGUGGUAUAAGGAUGGAGAACGGGUGGAAACGGAUAGGGACAAUCCCCGCUCUCAGCGCAUGCUGCUUCCAAGUGGCUCCCUCUUCUUCCUGCGCAUUGUCCACGGACGACGAAGCAAACCUGAUGAAGGCUCCUACGUUUGCGUUGCUCGCAACUAUCUGGGUGAAGCAGUGAGUCACAAUGCCUCGCUGGAAGUAGCCAUUCUACGCGAUGACUUCAGACAAAACCCUGCUGAUGUGAUGGUGGCAGCUGGAGAACCCGCAGUCCUGGAGUGCCAGCCCCCUCGUGGACAUCCUGAACCCACAAUAUCAUGGAAAAAAGACGGAGUGAAUAUUGAUGACAGAGAUGAAAGGAUCACUAUCCGAGGAGGGAAGCUGAUGAUCACAAAUGCCCGAAAGAGUGAUGCUGGGAAAUAUGUGUGCGUCGGCACCAACAUGGUCGGCGAGCGGGACAGUGAAGUGGCUGAACUUACAGUUCUGGAGCGGCCCAGCUUUGUCCGCCGCCCUGGUAGUCAGGUGGUGUUAGUGGAUCAGAGUGUGGAGUUCAGAUGUGAGGCCCGUGGCGACCCAGUUCCCACUGUGCGCUGGAGAAAAGACGAUGGCGAACUACCCAAAGGAAGAUAUGAGAUUCGUGAGGAUCACACCUUGAAGAUUCGUCGUCUGACCUCAGCGGAUGUUGGUUCUUACACCUGCGUGGCGGAGAACAUGAUGGGCAAGGCAGAGGCGUCGGCCACGCUCACCGUCCACGUCGUGUCUGUGCCCCCAGCAUUUGUGGUGAGACCACGGAACCAGGUUGUUGGAGUUGGCAGAACUGUCACCUUCCAGUGCGAGGCCACUGGGAACCCACAACCAGCUAUUUUCUGGCAGCGAGAAGGGAGUCAGAAUCUCCUGUUCUCCUACCAACCCCCUCAACCAUCAAGCCGAUUUUCUGUGUCUCAGACCGGAGACCUGACCAUCACUGAUGCUGAGCGCUCAGACAUGGGAUACUACAGCUGCCAGGCACUCAACAUUGCUGGCAGUGUGAUUACCAAAGCUCUGUUGGAGGUCACUGAUGUUGUGUCUGACCGGCCGCCACCAGUUAUACGACAAGGUCCAACCAAUCAGACGGUGCCUGUGGACGGUACUGUGGAUCUAAACUGUAUGGCAGCUGGUAACCCCACUCCCACCAUCCUGUGGAGGAAGGACGGUGUCUUGGUGUCUACCCAUGACUCUAGGGUCAAACAGCUGGACACGGGCGCCUUGCAGAUACGCUAUGCAAAGCUUGGUGACACUGGUACUUACACCUGCAUUGCCUCCACACCCAGUGGAGAGGCCUCCUGGAAGUCCUUUGUAGAAGUCCAAGAAUUUGGUUCUCCAAUCCAGCCACACAGACCUACCGACCCAAAUCUGAUUCCUAGUGCCCCUUCAAAACCCGAGGUCACAGAAGUAACUCGAACCUCUGUCACCCUUUCAUGGAAACCUAACCUUAACGCCGGAGCCACACCCACUUCCUACAUUAUAGAGGCUUUCAGUCAUGCUUCAGGGAGCAGCUGGCAGACUUUGGCAGAGCAUGUGAAAACUGAAUCGUUUGUAUUGAAAGGCCUGAAGCCGAGUGCAGUCUACCUCUUUUUAGUGAGGGCAGCUAAUGCUUACGGACUGAGUGACCCCAGUCCUAUCACUGAUGCUGUGAAAACACAAGAUAUCCCUCCCACCAGUCAAGGUGUUGACCAUCGUCAGAUCCAAAGGGAGCUGGGAGAAGUGGUCAUCCACCUGCAUAACCCCACCAUUCUUUCAUCCUCAUCAGUCAGGGUGCAAUGGACAGUGGAGCAGCAGUCCCAAUACACCCAGGGCUACAGGGUGAUGUACAGGCCGUCUCCAGAGGGCCCCCAGAAGAGCGAAUGGUCUGUGUUUGAGGUGCGGGCCCCCACAGAGGACAGCGCCGUGGUCACGCAGCUCCGAAAGGGCGUCACGUAUCAAUUCAAAGUGCGUCCCUUCUUCAAUGAGUUCCAAGGAACAGACAGCGACGUCAAGAUUGGCAAGACCCUGGAGGAAGCCCCCAGUGCCCCUCCCCGUAAGGUUACAGUGACAGAGAGUGGGGACAAUGGGACUGCCAUCAUUGUCUCUUGGCAACCCCCUCCAGAAGAGGAUCAAAACGGGGUGGUGCAAGAGUACAAGAUUUGGUGCUUGGGGAAUGAGAGCAGGUACCACAUCAACCGCACAGUUGAUGGCUCGACCUUUUCUGUGCUGAUUCCCAGUCUGGCCCCUGGGAUCCGUUACAGCGUGGAAGUAGCAGCCAGCACCGGAGCGGGUCCUGGGGUGAAGAGCGAUGUCACUUUCUUCCAGCUUGAUUCCUCUGGUCGAAUGACAGGAGACCCGGUGGACCCGGAAAACCCUCUGUCCCAGCAGAUCUCUAAUGUAGUCAAACAGCCUGCAUUUAUAGCAGGCAUUGGAGCUGCUUGUUGGAUCAUCCUGAUGGUCUUCAGUAUCUGGCUGUACCGACAUCGAAAGAAGAGGAAUGGCCUCUCCAGCAGUUAUGCAGGCAUUCGGAAAGUGCCAUCGUUUACCUUCACGCCAACAGUGGCGUAUCAGAGAGGCGGAGAGGGUGUCACCAGUGCUGGAAGACCCGGUUUGCUAAACAUUGGGGAAUCUGCCACUCAGCCCUGGCUGGCUGACACAUGGCCCAACUCCUGCUCCAACCACAAUGACUGCAGCAUCAACUGCUGCACUGCAGGCAACGGAAACAGCGACAGCAACUUGGCGACGUACAGCCGACCAGCGGACUGUAUCGCCAAUUAUAACAGCCAGAUGGAAAACAAGCAGACCAACCUCUUGGUACCAGACACAGGAGUUUAUGGAGAUGUGGACCUGUCCAAUAAGAUCAAUGAGAUGAAGACCUUCAACAGCCCAAACCUCAAAGAUGGACGCUUUGUAGGUCCUGGCGGUCAGCCGACACCUUAUGCCACCACCCAGCUCAUCCAGUCCUCCAUCCUGGGCAACAACAUGAAUCCAGACAGAGGGACCGGAGGGAGUGGAGGUGGACUUGGGGGAGGAGGGGAAAUGAAUGAGAAACACUGCUGGAAACCUGUCUCAAUACAGCAGCAGAAACAGGAAAUGGGCUCCCAGCUGCAGUACAGCAUUAUGGAGCAAAACCGACUAAACAAGGAUCGCUAUAGAGGAGGUGACAGUCCCAUGCCAGCCACCAUCCCCUACAACCAGACCCAUGAAAGCCACACUGGGGGGUCCUACAACAGCUCUGACAGAGGCAGCAGCAGCACGUCAGGUAGUCAGGGUCAUAAGAAAGGAGUGCGCACCCCCAAACUACCCAAACAAAGCACAAUGAAUUGGGCUGACCUUCUGCCUCCCCCUCCUGCAAACCCACCCCCGAGUCGGAGCACAGAGGAGUACUCUCUGUCGAUGGAUGAAAGCUGUGAUCCGGACAUGCAGUGCCCCAUGCCCCCAUCUCACAUGUACCUGCAGCCCGAUGAGCUGGAGGAAGAGGAGGAGAUGGAAAGAGGGCCCACUCCUCCAAUCCGUGGGGCGGCCUCUUCCCCAGCUGCAGUGUCCUACAGUCACCAGUCCACUGCCACUCUUACCCCUUCACCCCAGGAAGAGAUGCAACCAAUGCUCCAGGAUGCUCAGGACAGCCACGAACGCCGGCGCCAUGUUGUGAGCCCCCCACCACCUCCAAGACCACUCUCCCCCUCACACACGUACGGGUUCAUCAGCAGCCCGUUGGGGUUGGACACUGAUGGAAUGGAGGAGGAGGGUAUAAUGGAAGAAGACGAAGAGGAUGGUGAUGAGACAGACGCUGAAGUAGCCAAGAUGCACUUCCAUCACACACACCCCCACCACCCUCAAAUGCACGCACGAAGGUUGUUACUACGAGGGCUUGAACAGACACCAGCAUCCAGCAUGGGUGAUCUGGAGAGCUCAGUGACCGGCUCCAUGAUCAACGGGUGGGGCUCGGCCUCUGAGGAGGACAAUGUUUCGUCAGGGAGGUCCAGCGCUGUUAGCUCCUCAGACGGAUCCUUCUUCACAGAUGCCGAUUUUGCUCAAGCGGUUGUUGCUGCUGCAGAGUAUUCAGGCCUCAGGGUGGGAAAGCACCCAAAUUCACAAGGCCAGGAAGCAGGAGGAGCUCCAGCGCCAAAAUACCAAAUAAGCCAGUCAAGUCACCGUCCCAGCAGCCCGGUGUCUACAGACAGUAAUAUGAGCAUGGCUGCUAUACAAAGGAGGCCUCCAAAAAAGCUAAAACAGCACUCUGCGGGUCACCUAGGGAACCAACGACGUGAGGCCUUCAGUGAAGAUCUGCCACCCCCGCCCAUUCCUCCUCCAGCAGUGCUCAAGUCCCCCACACAUCCGUCCAAAGCAGCUCUGGAGGGCAGAGGAAUCAUAUCCCCAAAAGCCGGUGAUGUUCGUGACAAGCGAAGAGGACCUGGUGGCUACAGACCCCAAGAAAGCUUUGAGACCAGACCCAGCUCGUCUGAGCGCAAAGACGGCCAGGACAGACAAAAGUCUGCUCUGGGAGGGAAAGGCAGUAAAACUGAGAGUGGCUCAGGCAUCAAAUCACGGCAGCAUCCAGGAUCAGAAGACAUCCUACCCUACAGCCGGCCCCAGUUCCCUGGCGUCAACAGUCCCAGAGAUCCAAGUUCCUCCAGUUCUAUGUCAUCCAGGGGUUCUGGGGGCCGACGGAGAGAAGGAAGCCGAAGAAAUCCUGCAGAAAUGGGUCUUAACAGCUCUGGAGCCUUUCACCCAGGAGAUGAUGAACUAGAGAUAGCGGAAAGCUGAAGAACAGAGAAGGAAACGAAGGAACUGUUUAGAUUUUUCCAAGAAUGGAGCACCAUUGUUUCUCUUACAAUUUUAAAUAUCUCAGUAUUUCAUCAUCUUGUUGGCUGCCAUCAUAACUUCCAUCAGUAAUGUUUCUUUGCAUUUGGACAACAGACCAAUGUGUUUUGUAUUUCUUUUCUAACUUAUCAUUGAUAUGUCCAUGAGAAAAAAAAAAGUUAAUAGCUUGACGCGUUCAAAACAAAAAUACAUACAAUGGUAUAUUUAUGUUUGAAUUCCAAUGCAAUAUGGAGAAAAGUCCUGCUCCAGUCACUGACAUAACUCGGCUUGACAUUUCAAGAACUUGCAUACAGUCUGAUGUUACUGUACCAGAAGUGCUGCAAGCUGAGAGGGUGAACUGCCUGUAAAUAUGUGUCUCCUUGUUUACCCAUUGUGGUACCUCAAAGUUCUCUUCCUUGUUUUGUUUUGCAGAUUAUAAUUUUAUUAUGUCACUAAAUAAUAUUAUUUUAUCAUUUCCAUCCAUGUUUGUAAAUUGCUAUAUUAUUUAGCUCUCCGAGAAAGUGCCACUUUGGGAAUUGUGUUCUGUUUUGUAAUGCACUGCUUUGUUCUGUGUCAUCAUCAAUGUUUUUGUUUUACUUUGGUUUUAAAAGCACAAUCACUAAACUUUAUUUUAAACCAUUCUAUCUAUUAACCUUUUUGUCUUACUGGAAGAAAAAAAAAGGUAUGACAAACAAGCCUAUUAAUCCUGAUGAUGAUGAUGAUGAUGAUGAUGGUGGUGAGGAAGGUAAAGGUUAAUUUUCUACAAAAGCUGCGCUUGAAAGGAGACUCUAUUGUGGUGAUUGUCUCCCUCUCCAGUUCUUACGCUAACUCAAGUGAUGAAAAAAGGGUAGUAAAUGUGAGUCAUAGCUGCAAUGUAAAUAUCCUUUUCACGAUAACCAUAAAGAUCAGCUAUUGCACAUUACUCGAAAUGGUUGCGUUGCCUACGAAUGCACUUAAAUGAAUGUCCAGUACAGGAAAUCCGUCACUUUGGGAAUCUGGAGAGGCAGAGUCUCUUUUCUUGUUACGAAAAGGGCUGAUAAAGCCAUGUUUUAAGAAGAAAAAAAAGGGGUGCUGUUGUUUAUUCAUAGGACAUCUGCAAACAUUUGUUUCGUAAAGCAAAAGAAUAAUAAAAAAAGAUCAAUAAAAAAAACACAAAUUAU